AUGUUGAGUUAUAUAUCCCUUAUUCUUGCGGCGUCGUUGGCUGUCUCGAACGCUCUUCCGGGCACUCCGGCGACCCACAAGACCUGUUCAGACCCAUGGGCAAGAGUAACCCCUGCCAAGGGCGCGGUGGUGGUCGACAAUAGCGCCAGCCCAUACCCGGGCUCUUUCUCGACCGUGCAGGCUGGAGUUGAUACUCUGAACACAACAACUACGCACCCUCAGACCCUGUUUGUAUUUCCGGGGACCUACGUCGAGCAGGUCUAUAUUCCACGUCUUGCAUCCAACUUGACUGUUCAAGGAUAUACCUGCAACUCCAAGAGCUACGAGCAAAACACGGCCACCAUUACUUAUAACCUGGCUCUCAUUAACACUACCAGUGAUGACAAGACCGCAACUUUGCGUCAGUGGAACCCCAACACUAAAGUCUACAACAUGAACAUUGUCAACACCUUCGGCCAUAUUCCUAAGAAUGGUCAAAAUCUUGCCGUCUCCGCGGAGACUACCGGUCAGGGUUACUACGGUUGUCAGCUGAUCGGCUACCAGGAUACUUUGCUGGCAGAGACUGGUAAGUGGGUACUAUACGCCAAAAGUCUGAUUGUCGGUGCCGUUGACUUCAUUUUUGGACAGAUGGCUCUGGCGUGGUUUGAAGGAAUUGAUAUUCGCACCAUUGCUACCGGAUGCAUCACUGCUUCCGGCCGUAGCAGCGCCAGCAACCCGUCGUGGUACGUGAUCAGUCGUUCGAAUGUUUCAGGAAUCAACGACACGAUCUCGGCUGGUACCAACGACCUUGGUCGUCCUUGGGGAUCCUUUGCCCGUGUAGUAUUCCAAGAGACCUAUCUGGGUAAUGUCGUCGCUGCUGCAGGUUGGAAGGAAUGGUCGACUAGCACCCCAAACACUGGCAAUGUUACUUUCGCGGAGUACAACAACUACGGCCCUGGAGCUGUGCUAGAGGAAGGCCCUCGGGCCAAUUUCAGCGAGCAGUUGACUGACCCUAUUCCCAUCCGGUCUAUUUUGGGCGAGAACUUCAAAGAUGAAUGGUGGAUUGACACUAGCUAUCUUGACCCGAGUGAUUUGAAGGCCCCCAACGCCCACACUACCUGUCUGGAAUCUAAGUCCAUGGAUACGACUGCUAAAUCCACAACCACCAACGCCGCUGCGACGACUACCACAGUCUUGACGUCUCCGACCGGUGCAAGCUCCUCUCUGGCUACUACUCUGACUACCUCCAUCACUACCGCAUCCUCGACAACUUCUAUUAUUGCAAUCUCCACCUCGGCUGCUACAUUGACUACCUCCACAGCUUCCUCUGCUACCUCAGGCACCUCGUGCGUCUGUACUGCCUAUUCUCAGAUCUCGGCUGCCGUUGCCUCCUGUACAAAUAUCGUUUUGUCCAACAUCGCUGCUCCCAAUGGAUCGGCUAUCAACCUUUCGGGACUUCAGGCCGGUACCACCGUGACAUUUGAUGGGCUGACAACAUUCGGGUUCACCAAUUCCUCGAGCUUCAACCCCAUCACAAUUAGCGGUACGGGUAUCACGGUCACUGCCAACCCGGGAGCAGUCAUUGACGGUAAUGGUCAGGCAUAUUGGGACGGCCAAGGCUCGAACGGAGGUGUUCCCAAACCCGACCAUUUCAUUGUUGUUACAAAAGUAACUGGCAACUCCGUCAUCAAGAACCUGUACAUCCAGAACUGGCCGGUCCAUCUUUUCAGCAUUUCCAGCUGCUCCGACCUUGUUUUCCAAGAUUUGAUCUUAAAUAACACCGCAGGUAAUGCUCCAAACAGCGUAAGUGGUGGGUUGGCUGCUGCUCAUAACUCGGACGGCUUCGAUGUCAGCACUUCAAGCAACAUUGUGAUUCAGCGCAGCGUCGUGUACAACCAGGAUGAUUGCGUGGCGAUCACCAGCGGAAAUAAUAUGACAGUCUCUAAUCUUGAAUGUCACGGUGGUCACGGCCUCUCCAUCGGGUCCGUUGGCUUGAAGUCUAAUAACAACGUGACCAAUAUUAUGUUCACCGAUUCGUCUGUCGUCGACUCCCAAAACGGCUGUCGGAUCAAGACCAACUACAAUGCAACUGGCUUUGUUGCCAACAUCACCUAUUCGAACAUCGCCCUUGAGGGCAUUUCAAUUUACGGCAUUGAUGUUCAACAGGACUACCUGAACGGCGGUCCAACUGGAAAUCCAUCCAGCGGCGUCCUCAUUGAGAACCUUCUGUUCCAGAACGUGACUGGAACUACCACCUCCACUGCACAAGACUACUACAUCCUCUGUGGAGAUGGGUCUUGCUCUGAGUUCACCUUCACUGACGUCUCCAUCACUGGUGGUUCAGUUGCAAGCAGUUGCAACUAUCCGGCUAGCGGAUGCCCAGCCUGA